AAGGUUCUCAGUCAAAUUUUCAAACAUAAUUAAUUUGACUGCUACCAGCAUCAGAUACGCACCUUAAUGAUUAACCAUCAUCGAAUUCAUUUUCAGUGAGUAAUGAGCAUUUAUAUGCACAUAAAUCCAUUCAGAUGCUUAAUAUGAAUGCAUCAAAGUCCAUAUCGUUUACAUUGUUUAUUUUGCAUUCGAAGGAGAGUGAGAAUACCAGGAAAGCCAUCAAGUUUACUGCAUCUUGAAUUUUCAAAUGUCUAAGGUCAACAGGACUACACUUUCAGUCCGCACGACCAAAAUAGCUCCUUCUUGGAAGCUGCGAGAAUCUGCAUAGUAAACAGACUCAAGUACCCGUCGCACUUGGAUUUCCCUUCAGGCAGUGCCUGACGUGCGCCAGUAUCACGAGCUAGUAGAGUUCGUUGUUUAUGGAAUAACGAUCAAAUACGAAACAGGACCUGACCAGCACAAGUGACGAUUGGGGAAAAAACACCAAAAUAUGUGGUGUAAGUCUCCUUUGGGUGCGGUGAGAGAUUAAACAAUCAGCCAAAACUAAUUGCACCUGUUUUUCGUCGUUUACGUGAGCACUGAGGAGGCUUUCUGUGCAAUCUGACCUGCGCACACUAGAGCGCUGGCCCACUUAGGCUAUGCCGUGUUUUCCAACUCAGUGUUCAGUUUAGAUAAACUUUAACCCGAAAGCAACAUACACCCUCUGGCAUCUUGACACUAGUUUGAAAGUCCAACACUAACGCUGUAGAUCAGUUUUCAAAGAUUCGCUUUUCUUUCUGUCUGUCUUUCUUUUUUUUCUCUCUCUCUUUUUUUGGACAAUCACAUUUAAAAUAGUGGCGGAUGUAAAUAAUAUUAAUUCUGUAGCUAAAGGUGAAAUAUCGUUGUUUUCCAUACUAAAAGACUCGUGUGGUGUUUUAGUACUCUUGGGUGCGCUUAUAUAGUCCUUCCCCACUUAUUUUCUUUAGUAGGCUCAUAAAAAAAAUCUUGUAUUUCUCAGCGGUUAACCUGUAAAGAUAUGGGAUCAUUACAGCUUCACUUAAGCUAAAGCACAUGAUCUUUUGUAGGAAAAUGCCAAACGUUGUUAUGACGGCUCAUCCAUCAAAUGGUGGAACUGUGACACAAGUGGACAGCAUCCACCAUUUGCCCAGUCCUCCCCAUCCUCCCACUGUGGAUGGUGCUAGUGAAAGUGGACACCAUACGGAAGUAGUUAAAGAAAGGACUCCCCAAGGUGGUGAAUGGCUCCUGUCUGGGAUAAUUUGCAUCAACAUCCUGAUGCUUGGCUGUGCGCUGGUCAGCAGCAGCGCCUUCAAUGUUGUGGCCAUAACACCAGUGCACCGGCAAAUCUUCCUCAUCACCCUCCUCGUCCUUACUAUGUUGUGGAUGCUGUUUUACAUGGUCGUCACCUCCCGAAAGGAUCAUGCAGUCUUAUUUAAAGAUCGCCAUGCUGGGCCUGUGUGGCUCAAGGCUGGGCUUGUGCUGUUUGGCCUCCUUAGUUUCCUCAUGGACAUCUUCAAGAUUGCCACUUAUGUGGGCUACCUUCACUGUGAUUCUCCUGUUAAAGUAGCCUACCCCGUUGUGCAAGCUGUGUUUUUAUUUUUCCAGACCUACUUCCUGUGGUUUCAUUCAAGGGACUGCGUGCAGCUACACACCAACUUAACACGAUGUGGGCUUACUCUUACACUUUCAACUAACCUGGUGGUGUGGAUGGCAGCAGUGACUGAGGAGUCGAUUCACCAAACUGAGAUAACUCAUCUGAAUAUAAGUGUCUCGCACAAGUUGUACAGAGCCAACUACGGUGCCAAGAUGUGCACAUGCAGUCAUAUGGCAUGUGAGACCUUCAAAGAGGCCUUCUACUACCUGUACCCCUUCAACAUAGAAUACAGCCUCUUUGCUUCUGCCAUGACCUACAUAAUGUGGAAAAACGUGGGCAGAAUUGUUGAGCAUCACAAGCACUACAAAUUUAACUUCUAUGUGAAAGAUGUUUUCGUAGGGCCUGUAGCAGGACUGCUCCUGGUGGUGGCAGGACUUGUUACAUUUGUACUGUACAAGAUUAACAUACUCAAAGAAGACAAGGAGAAAAGAAACAAGGCCCUGCUGAUUCAUUUCAUUAUGAACAUAGUGAUUGUUAGCUUGAUGUCCCUCUCCACUAUGAUUGGUUGCAUUAUUUACAGACUGGACCGCAGGGAAUAUGUAUCAGACAAAAACCCCACUCGCAGCCUGGACGUGGGGCUACUGGUGGCAUCCUCUUUGGGGCAAUUCAUCAUUAGCUAUUUCAGCCUUGUGGCUACAGUGGCGAUGGGAGCCCAGGGUUACCUAAAUGUGCUCAACCUGGCCUGGGCUGUGGUAAUGGUGGUUGAGAUUGGCCUGCAGAACUAUUUCAUCAUUGAAGGCCUCCAUCGGGAGCCCAUCAAUGUAAUGCAGGCAAACGCCCGUGCUUUUCAAGAUCACACCGAAAUGGCCAAUGACGUGGAGGGUCAAAUAUCAAGAUUCUCAAUUUCUAAAAAGCCAAGUUGGAAAAGAAGAGUUCUGAGGGAAGUGUGUGCCUUUUUGCUCCUGGCAAACAUAAUUCUAUGGAUCAUGCCUGCAUUUGGGGCUCGUCCCCAGUUCGAUCACUCCGCUGAGAUAUACUUCUACAAUUACACAAUGUGGAACGCAAUUGUGAAUAUUGGACUUCCUUUUGGAAUCUUCUAUCGCAUGCACGCUGUGGCCAGUCUCUUUGAAGUUUAUCUAAGAGAUUAACUAAUCUCCUAGCUGGACUCAUUAUUUCAAUAUAGGUGUAUAAAAAGUGAACAAUCUUAUGUAUCAAAACAUUUAAUAUGUUAUUUAACUACCUUUAAUAAAUAAAUAAAUAAAUGUCUUUGUGUUUUCAGUUUUCCCUCUAGAAGGAUUUAGUG